AUGAAGAAAUUGAUAGGGCCACACUCUGGAUCAAAGGGCGGCAGUCCAAGAAUGGAAAAGCGUAAAGCACAACAAGAAAGGCGCAAACAGAAUAAAUAUCCUCAUAGACUGUCCCGCAAGGGUUAUGCAGGGUUGGAGGAAGAGUUGGCUAAUGAAAUCGAUGAUGAAGAAAUUGAUAGGGCCACACUCUGGAUCAAAGGGCGGCAGUCCAAGAAUGGCAAUUUCAAGGAUGAAGAGACAAAAAAAACUGCUGAAAAAAUAGCUGCCUUGAAGAAAAGGGUUGCUACUGGAGAACUAUCCAUCGAGGGAAGUGAUGAUAUCUUGACAUUGGCGUUGGGGAGUCCUGAGCACGGAGGAAGAGUGCGUGGAGUUAGAGGUCAAAUGAAUCCCUCUACUUACUUCAAUCUACCUAAACGUAGAAAGCAGAGCUUAGAAGCAACAGUUAGAGUUAGUGUGCAGAAAAUAUUGUUAGAGGAGAAAGAGAAGAAAGUAGAGGACGCAAGGGAGAAGAUAAUUGAGGAAGCAAAGGAAAAGAUUGUUGCAGAGGAACGAGCAUUUUGGGCGGUUAAGUUUGCAGAACUUGAAGCAAAGAUAAAUGCAACUGAAGAUGGAAACUACGUUAACCGUGUGGAUGGAAAAGCAAUUCGGGGAGCUUUUGAUGUGAUUGAAAAAAGGGCCCUACAACGGAAAAAGAAGGGUACAAAGGUGGUGAAGGGAGUUCCUUUGGAAGUAGCACCAUGCUCUAAGGUACGUAGUGAGUUGACAAACAUAGUUGAGAAUGAAGAUGUCGACUGUGCAUUGGCUAAGGAUGUGAAAGAGACUAGGGAAGAAAAUGCUGUACCAAAUGAUAUUAAGGAGCCGCAUGAUGAGGAGGAGGAACAAUACGUAGAUUUGACAUUCGUUGACCCCCUAAAAAAGUCACCAGGAGAUGAGCUUGGUUGCAAGUUGGCAGUAGGUUAUGUUGAAAAUAUUGUUGCUUAUGCCACUGUAAUGGAGUGCGAUGAUCCCUCCCAAACAAUUCAUGGUGCUCCACUAGGGGAUGGUAAUAAGCGUGUUUCCAUCUAUACCGCGCUUGAUGAGAAAGCAAAGGUACCAUUUCCUGUUAAAGAUGAAAUUGAAACUGUUAAGCAGGCUAUGGGCAGUUGGGUUGCAUGGCCUAAGGAGCUAAUCAUUACGUCACCUGUGAAGAAAGUUGUCAUGGCUAAUGCUGAAAAGAAGAGGAAAAAGAAAGUCGACAUAGAUGAACAAGACUCAGAGGUUCAAUUUAGCUUGGCAGCAAUGGCACCUACAUUACCAGAAUCAUUGAAGAUGCUAUGUAUGUGGGGUGAGUCUUCAUUUAGAGAUGGGCAUACCAUCAACUUCAUCAUGGAACCUGAAGUAUUUGGAUAUUCUCGAAAGACUUUUAUUUUGGGAUCAGAUGUUAGGCGACUUGCAAGCAUGAGAGAAGUCUCUGGAAAUUGCAUUGCUGUGUACCAGAGGUAG